AAUGUGUUCUUUUAAAAUCAAUCUAUUCGGGGAAAAUCAUUUUGCUUGGUGCAUGAUCUAGGUCACUUUCGUCGAGUUAUCGAAAAAUCGAAAAACAUCGUGGUGUUCGAUUAAUCGAGGAUCUCGAUAUUUGCAGCUGGUCGUCUCUGUUCAGAACAGUAGACAGUAACCAAGAAGUGAUCACAAAACGAAUUCUUUUUUUUGUUUUUUCUUCGGUGUUCUGACAUUGACUUGAAAAAUUCGUGUAUCAACGGGAUCGAGGAACAUUUUGCAUCGUGCAUUCACAGAACAUUGUUAACCUAACCUCGACCAAAUAUUCAUUUCCGAAUUACGAACAAAUAUACCACAAACGUACUAUUUCUUUCUCUUUCUCUCCUUCCUCUUUUUCUCUUUUUCCUCUUUUUCUCUCCUUCUCUUAGUUUCUAAUAUUUUUCUAUUUAUCCGCUCUGUUUUUCCUUUUCCUGUUUUACUUGAGAGUAUAUAUGGUAGUGCGUAGUAGGUAUUAAAAUAGUAGUACAAUUGUUGAUAAAAGAGAGCUGCUAACUAAAUUUAGGGAUAGUGCGCAAAGUGUUCGAAGAAUUUAUGUUAAAAUAGAAGAUACGGUCGUGGCGAAAUUUUCUGUUGCGACCGACGACGAAGAAAGCAAAAUUUCGAAGAUUCACGGUCUAUGAGCGCCAAGGGCCAAGAGGACCCUGGGGAAGAUCACGCUUCCAGUUUUUGAAGACCGAGGAUCGCUUUGCGCCUUUCACGGAACGGUAGGAGCAGAAAGCCCUUGCAGCGACAUGAAGCGUGCAGUUGCCAAAAAGUUGAUUGAACGAUAUUUUUAUCAGUUAACCGAUGGAUGUGGUAAUCCUGAUUGUGACAAUCAAAACUGUGCAUCAAGUGGUAAGGUUACAAACCUUACUCCAAACCAAGCUGCUGCACAGGCUAUUCAGUUAUUUUCACAAGAAGCAAGACUUUGCGAUGGUACUCAACCAAGUAAAGUUGCUCGAACCACUUUAGAGCCAGGACCUGCAUCCUUAGCUAUGAGUUUACCAGUUAAAAAUGUGAAUCCAACAUGUUCGGAUGAAGCAGGAAAACAGGAUCCAUAUCUCACAGAAGCAAAAUUAUUGGAAAUAAUAGAAAGAUGUAAAUCAGAAGGGUCAUAUUCGUUAUUAAUCCGCACGUUGGGAGAAGUAUUUUCAUGUGCUAAGGCACUGAGCCUUAGUUUUCAAAAAACUGUAAAAAAUGACUCUCCAUUGGCUGCCCUUCUUGAUAGAGCCUCGGAUACUUUAUUAAGGCCACCCGGAGACAUGGACAAAGAAGCAAUUCGAUCUAUUCAAGGAGAAGACAAAGAAGAAGAUAGCAGUGAACCAUCGCCUACAGUUCCUAAUAACGAUGAUACCAGCGUCGAUUUACCAGCUGUGCGACGAGCUUUUGCCGCUCUUUGGUCAUUACCGGGAGAAGCAUUUAAAUCCGCUUUGGUCAAUGCACUAGUCACUUUGGCAGACAAUAUUGAAUUAGAUCUGAGGGUAUUUCGCAUAAUGCCGUGGGAUAACAUGGACAGCUUGUUGAACGUGUUUUUAAUAGUGUUUGAAAUUCCUAUGCUCGGGAAUAGCGAAUAUUUGGAACUUGCCUUUCAUAUGCUUUGCAAGGCGCUAAGCUGUUUUCCUAUUGUAGCACAAGCUAAACUGGCUCGUGUAUGGGCUAAACAUUGUAAAUCUCGACUUCCAAGUAUUUUGCAAGCUCUACAGGAAUUAAUAACGGUUAAGGUAAUAGGAGGAUCAUUCACUCGGGAUUACUGUGUACAAGAUGCGGAUACUAUUACAGCACCUACGAAAGUUAUGAAAAUUCUCUACUAUGCAAGUAUGUUAUCUGGUGAAUUGGAUGAACCUGACUUAAAUAUGGAUGAAGAUGUUGAAUCUACUAGUAAUGAUAAAUCUGUAAGAUCAUCGUCAUCGCAAAUUCCUCAAGAUCCGUUAGCUAAAGAAUUAGGAAUAACCGUGUUGGAUGCGAGGAAACCAUUUAUACCUUUUACCGAUUUUUACAAUGAACCGCUUAGCGAUGCGAUAGAAAUGGAUAAGGAUUUUGCAUACUACAAAAGCGAAGAACCUAUGAAAUUUAGCUUUAUGAAUUACGCUUUUAUUCUCACGCCUGCUACAAAGACACUGGGCUUAUAUUAUGAUAAUCGUAUCAGAAUGUAUAGUGAACGUCGAAUGAGCUUUUUACAAACUAUCGUUGGACAUCCUACUAACCCUUAUUUAAGAUUAAAGGUGAGGAGAGAUCGUUUGAUAGAUGAUGCAUUAGUCGAAUUACAAAUGAUCGCGGUGGAACAUCCGCUAGAUCUUAAAAAGCAAUUAGUCGUUGAAUUUGAAGGUGAACAAGGAGUAGAUGAGGGUGGAGUUUCCAAAGAAUUCUUUCAAUUAAUCGUAGAAGAAAUUUUCAAUCCUGAUUAUGGCAUGUUCAUAACUCAGGAAGAUACGCAAAUGACGUGGUUCAAUCCAACAUCGUUUGAAAGCGACGCACAUUUCACAUUAAUAGGCGUUGUACUUGGCCUAGCAAUAUAUAAUAACGUAAUACUCGAUGUACAUUUUUCAAUGGUAGUUUAUCGAAAAUUGCUCGGUAGGAAAGGAUGCUUCGCCGAUCUAGAGGAUUGGAGUCCAACGUUAUACCGAACACUGAAAGAACUAAUGGAUUAUACCGGAGAUGAUAUGUCAGAAACAUUCAUGCAAACCUUCAAAGUGGCUUACAAGGACGUAUUUGGUUCGAUAACGUUUCACGACCUGAAAGAAAAUGGAGAUGAAAUAUUUGUAACACAAGAGAACAAAAAGGAAUUCGUAGAUCACUAUGCAGACUUCUUACUUAAUAAAUCAGUAGAAAGGCAAUUCAAAGCGUUCAGAUGUGGUUUCCAAAUGGUUACAGAUGAAAGUCCACUCGCGUUACUUUUCAGACCUGAAGAAAUCGAACAAUUGGUUUGCGGCAGUAAGGUUUUCGAUUUUGCGGAAUUGGAAGCAGCUACAGAAUACGAAGGUGGUUAUACCGUUGACAGCGAGGCGGUACGUAAUUUCUGGCGCGUUGCUCAUUCGUUACCACCGGAAAGUCAACGAAGACUUCUCCAAUUUACGACCGGAAGUGAUAGAGUACCGGUUGGUGGUUUGUCAAGGCUUAAGAUGGUUAUUGCCAGACAUGGUCCAGACUCUGAUAGGCUACCAAUAGCGCAUACGUGCUACAACGUACUACUGUUACCGGACUACAGUACGAUAGAGAAAUUACAAGAUCGUUUAUUGAAAGCAAUUAAUUAUUCAAAGGGUUUCGGCAUGCUAUAAAUGUGCAUAAAAGCUUCGAUAUCUUUCCCAGUCUUUCAGAGUACAUCGAGCCCUGUUUAUGGUGUUCGAAAUGCCCUCCUCUCGCCCCGCUACGUGGACGUAUAUUUAUUUAAAAUUGUGCAAACGCGUGUGAACGCGCGCUGAGAAUUCCCCUUUCUGCUUUUGUAAGACGAUCCAUUGAGAAAGAAAAACCGAAAUCACCCUUUGAUACACCGAAAAUACCUCGCAAUCGAUCGUUGUCCUCCAGUGUGUUUUCCCUUCAAUGCAAACGGCAACUGGAAUCGCUGUUGUAAAAAAAAAAAAAAUACAAAAUUUUUUUGCAAUAACAUACUUCGAAACUUUCUUGCAUCUGUGUGUUAUUUCAAGCGUAACAAAGCACAUUAACACACCUCAAUAAAGUUUCACUAGGUUUGGAUAAUUCACUCUUUCCUGCGACUUUCGUCAUAUCAAUUCACUUCAGAUUUGUUUCAGACUUGCUUGAAUUUAGUUCAUCCAAAGAGAACAGCGUUACGCAGUGCACACAGCUUGAAAAAUAAUAGUGAGAUGCGCGACUGUGAUGAGUGCGAAAGUGAGCCGAUAAACGAUCGGCCAGAAGUUUGUAGAAAUAUGUAUUUGUAGGCUUAGUGAAUCCUAUAGUUGAUAUUUUACGCUGCAAGCAAGCCGAGAAAUAGCCCUUUUGGACAUUCGUCGUCGCCAACGCUGUACACAAAACAUUUUAUACGGCAAAAGAAAAGCACAGAAGAAUUAUGAUAACUGUUUCUUUUUUCUCUUCUUUUUCGCGUUUGUAUGCAAUUUUCGUUCUCGAUUGCUACUUGUAUCACACUUUUAUCUUGACGAAUGCGAGUAAAUAGUUGAUCUAUACAUAUAUGUAUACAUAUUAUAUAUAUAUAUAUAUAUACAUAGAGGAGAACGAGUUUGUAUAAAUAAAUUUGUAAACGGAGAAAGUAUCUGAAGAAAACUGCUCCAUGUUGUCGGCUGUCCGAUUCUUGGUCACGUGACAAUAAAACUUCUAUCGAAUAAUUCGUGCGUCGUUUAUUUUCGCAACGAUUUAGCGAUUUAAGAGAUCUUAUCAAAUGAGUCCACAUUGUAUACAUAUGGUUUGAUUGUCAAGUGACACGUGAAUGCGCGUCGGAUUUCAUGCGUUUUCAUCUUGCAUGUAAACGUCUCGUUUCGAGGAUGGAUCGAAAUGAAAAUUAACUGAUUAUUACCGUCAUCGCGUACGACAAAUAAUUUUAAUAAAAUUGUAACCGUGUGUGUCCAGGAAAAAUUGUUGCUGAUUAUGUGUACCGACUGUGGUUCAGCUGCGACUAGCCGUGUGUCCUGUUUUACGAAUAUGAACGACAUACAAAAUCAGAACAAUUUCGAUUUUGUACCAAAGUCUUAUUAUAACGAGAAAUGGCAUCUGGAUAAUAAAUGUCUUUCUCAUAAUCAAGUAAACAUACGAUAGAGAAUAAUCGAAACGAUUUAACAGUUUACCUACUAUUAGGAGAGAUAUGCAAUAGUUUCCAUUAGUUUUAAAGAGAUUUUCUUUGUUAUUUUAUAAGUAAUAUUGUUUGUACACUACUUAUGUGUAGACAACUGGAACUUUUGCAUACUCUUAAUGAAAUUAAUCAAUAAGCCUUUGAUCGUUAAUUAUUCAGCUGUAAGUCAAUUGAAAUACUAUAAUUUAAGUGUAUUAUGAUUAAAAUGGAUUACUUUACAA